GGUUCAAGAUUGGCUCUUGCCUUAGGGGCAUAGCAGUAGUGGUUGAAUGCAUGUUACUCCACUACCAAAUUGUAUCAUCACAGAAAAAAAUUUCAUGACCUAUUUUCCUUGCAUUUAAAAAACAAAUUUUUUUUACAGAAACCCUCAACAGUCCACACCAAAUGUCAAAAAAUGAAUUUGAUUUCAUCUACAAGACUUUUAACUGUUAUGCACAAAACAAGGGGUUGGAAAUCCAUUUGUUCAAUAUUGACUGGUAUAAUGCAAUUGUUGGGCCAAAAUUUUUCUUGAAUUAUCCUGCUAACACUUUGGCUUGUUUGGUGAUCAGUCAGCCUUCUAUGUUUGAGAAAGCUUUCAUUCCUUUCAUCAAAAAUCAUUGGCCUUCGGAAGAUAAAUUUUCUCUUGAAUUAGAAGACAAGGAAAAUGAACCAAUCAAAUCAAAUUCCUUUCCUGAUCCUCUUGAUACAUGUAUGAAAUUAGUUUUCAAUGAUAUGGCUAAGCUUCUGCCAGAUCAUGAGAUGGAUAUUAUUCAUGAUUUUGACAUGACAUACAUGAGACGUCCGAAAAUCCUCAUGCAGACUGCAGGGCAUGUAGCUGGCGCUGUCUACAUGUAUAGGAAGGAAGAUUUAUACACUACGGCUCAGAGAACUGAUCCUGCUGCAAAUUCACCUGAACAAGUUGAAGAUUCCUGGAUGGAAGGCAAGAAAAUUUUUCCAGUGUGUUUACAUCCACAAUAUGGUGGUUGGUUUGCCCUUCGUGGUGUUAUAAUCUUCAAAGGAAUCUCUUGUGUCUCUCUUGAGAAGCCUGUGCCUAGAGAAAUUCUACAAUCAAAAGAGCAGAUAAAGGAGCUUCUGGAGCUCUACAAUCAUCACUGGAAGAACAAUGCCUUCCGUGAUGUUAUUACUGCUACAGAAAAAUAUUCAACACUCCAGCAAAAAUAUUUUUCUACACCUCCUGCAGACAGAGUACAAUUUCUCAAGUGUAUCAUUAAUGAAUGUUGAUGUAUUUGUAAAGCCCCGUGUGAGUACAAACCUGCUGGAAGGAUGUGCAGAAAAAAUUCUCAUCUAUAUAGGGGUACUUAUGCUUCUAGGAUAUGCAACCUAACUUCAAUGCUUAUGAUGGAUGAAUCAUCAAUUCCUAACAUUCUAGUUGUAAAUGUAAUCAAUAUUUAAUAUUUUUUUUGGAAAAAUACUAUACAAAACUUCUCGACUCUUGGUUAUGAAUUAUUUUUAUGAUUGAACAAAAAAUUGAACAAAAAAAAAGAGAAAACAUUUAUGUUGGCUAUUGCUGUUUUUGUUGUAAUGGGCAAAGUCAACAACCUAUAAAUUUGUGAUAAUAGAAUUUUCUUUGAUUAAUAGCAUGUAUAAGAGCAACCUGGACUGGUCAUUUGUCUGGACUAUAGUGAGCAGGAGACUUUUUUAACUUAGAAAUUACUCCAAUGGCAUUUUGUUAAUCGUCAGAUUCUUCAGUGAAUCUGCCCACUAUUAUUACUGUCAAAUACUGGUAGUCGCUGAUGUACUCCUGCCCUAACAGUCAUGAGUUAGCGUGCUAGUAAUGCAAACAUUAGUUUAUUUUGCAAUAUUAGCUUGGAAUGAUAACCAAUAUCAAUAGUUUGACACAAAAGGUAACAAUUGCCACUGUAAUCAUUAAAAAAUUUCCAAUAAUUGAGCAGUAAAAUCACUUUAUUUGAAGUAAUAUUGGCUCAUAUGAAGAAUGCUUGACAGUUCAAGCCUCAGUCAUGGGCACAAAUUAGAAAGUGAGAGUAUAGUGAAGCUGUUGCAAGUAGAUGAAAAUAAAUCAUUAAUUUAGUGUUUUAAACUAGUUAGGUGGUGUUCAUAGUUAGAUGUGUUUGCAGUUAUUGUAAAAUGUAUAGUAUAUAGUUGUUGCAUAACUCAAUGUGUGUUGGGAGUUUCAUAAUGCUAAUUGAUUUAAUUGUAAUUAUGUCUUGAACUUUUAUUUGUUUGCAACUUCAUGGUAGCUUCAAUGACUUGGAAGUACAAAAAAAAUUUAAGAUUUAGUAAUAUGUUGAAAUAGGAUUUAGUGAUGCUGAUAGUGUAUAUAUAAUCCAUUUGUGUCCUGAUAACUUGGGACAAAGGUGUUUGUUGAUUGAAAAAUGAUAGCAUUUUUGUUGGACAUGCAUAUGUAUUUGCAAUAUUGUUAUGCAUUUCUUUGUGAAUUAUAUUGUUCUGUUGAA